UGGACAAGACACUUAGCCCUGACAGUGCCUCUCUCCAUCCAGGUGUACAAAUGGGUACCGGACUAGCAUGCCAUCAGGGGAGAGUAAAAAUAUUCCUAGUCGCUUCAGGCUACAGAGAACGGGAUAACUCCGACCUUAUGGGCCACUUGGCUCGUAUGUGGACUUUAUCUUUUUUUACCAUAUUCUGCUAAUUUAUUUAUUUGUUGUUUUAUGUAUUUGAAGUACUUUUGUCUCUUGUACCCAGGAGGGCUCGGUUCAUCCACUAUUCUUGGCGACCUCAAUCACAAAAAUUACACGGAGAAGCUGAUUUCCUUUUUGGACCCAGUCCUCCUGAGCUCACAACGUAGCUGGUUUGUGCGGUGUUGGCAUGCCAAGACAGACGGCUCGGCUGCAUCGAUAUUCCACAACAACUGUGACGGAAAGGGACCCACCGUGACAAUCAUUAAGUCCGGCAGCUACAUAUUUGGUGCAUAUACCGACGUGUCCUGGCGUAGCACUCCUUGCGACUACUCUACAGCCAGUAAAGCUUUCAUCUUCUCGCUUUACAACGCCAAAGGAUAUAAUCCUGUUAAGCUGACGCAGUAUCAAAAUCAGGAAAAAGGAAUGUAUCGUUGUUCCAAUUACGGGCCCACUUUUGGUUCUAAUAGUGGGGAACACGAUAUCUACAUAUCGGACAACGCUUUGAGCAACCAAACUUCUCAUACCCGAUGUGGCUCUACGUACUCCGUCCCCCCCGGAUAUUCAGCUGGUGACUGCCGGUUUUUCGUUGGGGCCACGGGGGAUAAGUUCAUUCCCACUGACAUUGAAGUGUUCUACGAAAUAGGUAAUAAAUAUUGGCAAAUAAAGUGGCUUCAACCAAUGUUUUCACUACGAUAAACGACUGGCUGACGAUGCUCGCGCCACGCUGUCAUCCAAUCAAAAGUGGUCUAAGAUCGCGACUCGCUCGCGCGCGUUUUCCCACGUUUCUCCCCAGCUACAUAUAUUUGGUUCUGGUUUGAUUGAUAAUUCCUCGUGUAACCUGUUUUUCAGGAUAAACGCUAC